AGUAUUUGUCCGCAGUUUCGGUUAGGGACUGUAGAUCUCAUUUUUGAGUACGUGUAUCGAAAACACCGACCAAUUUCUUGUUCAACGCAUUUAAGAAUGGGGAUAUCAGCCGAAGACCAGUUUGCGGAGUUGGUCAAGAUCGACGGUCACGUAGACGAGACUGCCGUUGCCGCAGUGUACGAUCAGCUCAAGCCCGUCUCGCCCGAACUCCUCGUCGGUCAGUGGGAAGGAGGCAGCUUCGACACUGGCCACCCGACCCAUCAACAACUUCGCAACUUCAAGUGGGCCGGCAAGGACUUCCGAUCCGUCGACGAUGUCGACCCCAUCAUGCGCUAUGACAAGGACGGCAAGCGGACAUGGUUCUCCGAGUACGGCCACGCGAGGGUGCGCGAGGUCAGGUUCCGCGGCGUCGUGACCGCGUCGAUGGUCUACGACAAGUUCCCCAUCAUCGACUCUUUCCGCUACGUCGACGACAACACUGUGAUUGGCGCCAUGGACAACAAGGACCUUCGGGGGUUCGGGACGUAUUAUUUCUACUUGAGGGGGAGACCACAGAGCAAGGUCUAGUUGCAGCGGUAGAUAGAGGGGCCCGCCUUUAUUACCAUCAUCGCCCAGGCGUAUUCAGUCAUGCUAGCAACUCUUUGUGCCGAUAAACGAGAGUUCAACAGCAAAAUUCAAAGAUCCUCU